AACCCCAUGUGCCCUCCAGGACAGACAGGGGGGAAAAUCAAAAGACCAGCUGAAAACCAGACAGCAGACAGUGACUCUCUUGCCUGAAGAAGAGCCAUGGACUUCUCCAGCACGUCUCUUUUGAUUGGCUUGGUUGUGGUUCUUAUCAUUUUGGUAAAAUGGAGGAAAAAGACCUACAAUCUCCCACCUGGACCACCAGCUCUGCCUCUGCUUGGCAAUAUCCUCAAAAUGGACGGCAAAGCACCCUUUAAGACCUUUCUGAAGUGGAGUGAGACCUACGGGCCUGUGAUGACAGCAUAUCUGGGACCACAGAGAACGGUGGUCUUGGUGGGCUAUGACGCAGUAAAGGAGGCACUCAUAGACAAUGCAGACGACUUCGUAGGAAGAGCCCCUAUUCCUUUUGUUAUGAGAGCUCUGAAAGGCUACGGACUGGUCAUCAGUAAUGGUGAACGCUGGCGUCAGCUCCGCAGGUUUACACUCACCACCCUGAGAGACUUUGGGAUGGGCCGCAAAACGAUGGAGGGGUGGAUUCAGGAAGAAAGCAAACAUCUGCUGGAAGCUGUUAGAGAAACCAAAUCUGUUCCUUUCGACCCCACAUUCCCCCUGAGUCGAGCUGUGUCCAAUGUGAUCUGUGCCCUGGUUUUCGGUCAGCGCUUCAGUUAUGAAGACAACAACUUCCUCCGCCUUCUCCAGAUCAUCGGUGGAGUGCUACGCUUUGGCAGCAGCUCGUGGGGACAGUUGUACAACCUCUUUCCACGGCUGGUCGAGCUCCUUCCAGGCAAACAGCUGCACUUCAUUGAUGACAUAGAUGAGCUCCGGAGAUUCGCUAUGCUUAAAGUACAAAAGCACCAGGAGACUCUGGACCCUGACAACCCAAGAGACUUCAUCGACUGCUUCCUCAUCCGACUCAAUCAGGAGAAAGACAUGCCAAACACAGAGUUCCACUAUGAUAAUAUGACAGCAACCGUCAUGAAUCUGUUUCUGGCUGGAACUGAGACGACCAGCACUACUAUCAGAUAUGCUCUGAUGCUGCUGAUCAAGCACCCAGAAAUACAGGAGCGCAUGCAGAAAGAGAUUGACUCUGUGAUUGGACAAGAGAGAAGCCCCAUGAUGGAGGACAGGAAGUCUCUUCCAUUCACUGAUGCAGUGAUCCAUGAAGUGCAGCGCUAUGUGGAUCUCGUGCCUCUCAAUGUUCCUCAUUACGCAGUGCGGGACAUCACAUUCCGAGGCUACACCAUCCCCAAGGACACAGUAAUCCUCCCCAUGCUGCACUCUGUUCUAAGGGACAAAGAUCACUGGGAAAGCCCGUGGACAUUUAACCCCAAGCACUUCUUGGACAAUAACGGAAACUUCAAAAAGAACCCGGCCUUCAUGCCAUUUUCUGCAGGUAAGCGAGCGUGUGUGGGGGAGUCUCUGGCUCGUAUGGAGCUCUUCAUGUUCAUCGUGUCUCUGCUCCAGAACUUCACCUUCAGCUGCCCCGGAGGACCGGACAGCAUGGACACCAGUCCCGGCGUCAGCGGCUUCGCCAACCUGCCCCGCAUGUACCACCUCAUCGCCACCCCCCGCUGAGCACGGACAGUACUGCACUCACACAGCCUUACAGAGUCUUCUUACCACACCUGAAACAUUUCACUCACAGACUUUCAGAGAAUUUAAUUAGAGCUGCACAAAAGAGGAAAAACUCACACUGCUAUACUUUUUGUAUGCAAUGUAUAUAAGAAUUUUCAAUGGUUUUACCUUGAUCUAAUAUGUCACAAUUUAAAUAAUGCACUGUGUAUCAUAUAUAAUUACACUGGACAUUGCUGCCUUAGACUAAAUGAAGCCAAUUAUUUUAUAUUGUUAUAUUGUGUUUUAAGUAAAUAUUGUGUUUAAAUUCAGUAGAAUACAUUGUAUAUACAUAUACAUAUCAUAACCACUUUCAUAUCGUCAUAGCAGUUGUGGUGCAAUUCAUAAUAUAAUUAAUAAUAUUAUAUAAUUAUAUAAUACCUCUACAAAAAGUUUGUAGUUUAACGGUAAACAAGAAAAAAAUUAUUAAUGUAUAAUUCAUUAAUUAUAACCAAUUAUUAUAAAAUUCCUAAACAUUAUUUAUUAUCAUAGCUGCUUAAAUGCAAAGAGAACCAACUAUUACAAAAAGAAUAACCAACCACAAAUAUAUAUAUAUAUAUAUAUA